UAAAGUAUUUAGUUUCUAAAAGUGUAUAAACACGUAGAAGCGUGACAAUUUAUCUAAAACUGAAUGAUCUUUAACAAAACAACAUUAUUGACACGUCCCUGUAAUGACGCGGAACGCGUCUUACGCAAGCUAGAUUGCUGGAAUUACAAAUGAUAGGCAAAUAACAGAGAAGGCAAUAAGCAGAUCGAACAGCAGUCGUCGUAAAGUCGUCUGAACGAAGAGAAAUACGUUCCAAGUGAUUCUCCGUUAUUCUAAUUUUUCUCUUUUUCCGCGAUUUCUCCUGUUGUUCUUUUUUAAUUUUUAUUUUUAUUUAUUUAUUUACUUCCCCUCCCCCCCUCCUCUUCCUUCCUCCCACCACACCCCACCCUGCCCCUCAAGAAUUAAUUCAUCUCACGGGUUAGUCUGUAUUUUUCCGUGAUUUUGAAAAAUGCUUCCCAGAAGGCGAGUCGUCGAGCUGCUCCAAGUUAUUUCGUCACAAUCAUGCAGAUGUCCAGCCCAUGGAAAUCCAGGAGGUAUUACGCCAAUAAUCGAACAGAGUAAAGUCCGUAGCACUAUAGCCAAUUCGAUUCCGUUAAAAGAAUAUGCGUUCGAGAUGGCUUGCUCGACUGUUCGUUAUGGCAUCGGAGUUACAAAAGAAUUGGGACACGAUAUUCAGAAUUUAGGUGCGAAGAAAAUUUGUUUAAUGACCGAUCCUAAUUUAAUCAAUCUUCAACCAGUAAAAUCUGCGAUCGAUAGCUUAGCUAAGCAAGGAAUUGAGUUUGAAGUUUACGAUAAGGUACGAGUGGAACCUACGGAAGAGAGUCUUCAGGAUUCGAUAGAAUUCGCAAAACGUGGAAAGUUCGACGCCUUUGUUGCGGUCGGAGGUGGAUCAGUGAUGGAUACGUGCAAAGCUGCAAAUCUUUAUAGCAGUGAUCCCAAUGCUGAUUUCUUGGAUUAUGUUAAUGCACCAAUAGGAAAAGGAAAACCAAUUUUAGUCAAUUUGAAAGCGCUCAUUGCGGUACCAACGACUACGGGUACAGGUUCAGAGACUACCGGUGUAUCUAUCUUCGAUUAUCGGCCUCUUAAGGCCAAAACUGGAAUUGCAAACAGAGCUCUAAGACCUACCUUGGGCCUUAUCGAUCCGAACCAUACAUUGAGUUUACCACAAAGAGUUUGUGCUUAUUCUGGCUUCGAUGUACUUUGUCAUGCUUUGGAAUCGUUUACAGCAAUACCAUACACGGAAAGGACACCAUGUCCUUCCAAUCCGAUUCUGCGACCAGCUUAUCAAGGCAGCAAUCCUAUUAGCGAUGUAUGGGCAAGAUAUGCGCUGCGAGUAAUGCGCAAAUAUUUUGAGAGAGCAGUAUAUAGAGAAGACGAUCUCGAAGCUAGAAGCAAUAUGCAUCUAGCUAGUACCAUGGCUGGUGUUGGUUUUGGAAACGCUGGUGUCCACCUUUGUCAUGGUCUUUCUUAUCCCAUAAGCGGUAACGUUCGUAAUUUUCAACCCGAGGGAUAUAGCAAGGAUCAUCCUAUCGUACCUCACGGUCUCUCCGUUGUUAUCUCGGCGCCAGCUGUUUUCUCAUUCACCGGUAGUGCUUGCCCAGAAAGACACCUAGAGGCCGCAGAAUUAUUAGGAACGGACAUUAAGGGAGCAAAACGAGCGGACGCUGGAAAGAUUUUAGCUGAUACCGUAAGAAAAUAUAUGCAUGUAAUGAAGGUAGAAAAUGGUCUGACAGAACUUGGCUUCGAGAAAGAAGAUAUUCCUAUUCUGGUGCAAGGAACUUUACCUCAGCAUCGGAUUACAAAAUUAGCGCCACGUGAACAAUCAGAAGAGGAUCUAACGAAAUUGUUCGAAAAUUCAUUCACAAUUUAUUAAACACGGAUGCCUUCUCAAUAUCGUACAUCAUAUUUUCGUAAUUUUAUACAUUGUUAAUAAAUUGUCACGAAUAAAAAAGAAACCAUUUUUGCAGACGAUGGCAAUUAUUGUUCCUUUUCAUAUAUGUUUCUUAUUCGAUUAAAUAGGAUAUAAUUAUAAAAUUAAUUCUUAUUAUUAUAAUCCAAUUAUCUGCCUGUUGUACAAUCGAUACGAUAUUACAUAAUCGACACUGUAAGCUUGAAUAUAUUUACAGUAUUUAUAAUAAUACAAUUAAAAGUAUUACUAUAAAUAUUUGAAUUGGAAAAACAUUAGAAAUAUCCUUAAUACGAUAAUCUUACUUAUUAAUAAUAAAACGGAAUGAAAAAAGUGCCUUGAUUUUCUUCGUUCCACUAAUAAAUAUUUUCUUGAAAAAUUCUUACUUUUAUAAUACACAUACAUACAUAAACAACUUAUUUGUAUACAAAUCUAUUCAUAACUGCAACAUAUUUUUUCAUAUACCACGUUACAUAUACCAUUUACUUAUAAUUAAUAAUAUUAGAAUUUGAUUUUAAAAAACUUGAAUGUUUAAUUUUAUAUACAUAUUUUAUUAUCAUGAAACGAAUAACGGUGGACGGAGAACGUGCCAAGAAAUUGAAAAAUUCUAAAUCGGUAUUAAUAUGCACGAUUUGAACGAUAAUUAUUUAAAUAUUGAAUAAAAAAAUUCUUACGAAUACUUCACGAACAAUAUACAUGAGGGUCAAUGGAUUAAAAAAUUUAAAGAAUUAGUACAUUUUUAUGAGUGUAUCAGUCUUAUAAGAAUGUCGCAAACUUUUUAAAUUUCUUAAUGCCAUUGGCAAAUCAACUUUGUUGAUAAAAAAUUGAUUUAUCCUAUGGUACAUUGUUCGUUAUUCGAACUUAUGAUGAAUUUUUAAAUUAGCAAAGCUAAUUUUUAAUUUAAUCUAUAAGAUGUCUUAGAUUUUCAAACCGCAUUAUGCAAUAAAUCCGAUGAAAAUGGCCAUUUUUGUCUAUAACACUCAAUAUAUCAUUUUCCACUCAUAAAUACUUUCACAUCCGAUUCUAACAAUAAUAAUAAUAAUAAUAAUAAUAAUAAUAAUAAUUACAUUGAUAAUAUAUAAAAUAAAAAUAAAGAGAGAGAGAGAGAGAGAGAAAGAAAGGAGACAGAUUAAUUGACAUACGAAACAAUACAUUUGUGGUUCGAUUGUAUCGAUCACUGACGUUUCGAGCGUCUGAUGAUCCUUAAAAAGCGACCCAUUACAAACGCAACGGAUAAGGACGUCGAGACAGUCGAAACUUUGACAGAUGAUCUUAUAUAUAUAUAUAUAUAUAUAGAACAAAUUGUAAUUGACAUCGAUUUUAAACACACAUAAAUAAAUAAAUAAAUAACGAGAAGAGAAGCUCACAGUUCGUCGGUUAACAGCUCCAUCGCACGUUUUCGUCCAUGUUUGUUCCAAAGAACAUGAGGAUGCUUACAACCAGAUACCAUACGUGCAUUUAAUUGGAACCAUUCGUAUUGCGUGGUAUACGUUUCAUUCGUGAAACCCUCGAAAAAAUCUAUUAUCCGAUAAGAAUUUUUCUCGAUGUAACUUUGAAAAUUGCUAUGUUCUUUGUAAUUUAAACCGCGGAUCCAAUUGUUGAAGGAAUAAAGAGCUCUUGCCUUAUUAACGUGUCCAUGCAAGGAUAAGUUUGCCAAUGGUGGAAUCGUGCAAAUUUUUAUUGCUGAAUUCGAGAAGGCAAAUUUAUAUUUUAAUAUUUUCAAUAAAUAUUCCAUACUCUUGAUUAAAUCGUCGAAAGAAGCACCCUAAUAAAUUUAAUAACAACGUUAUCCGGCUUAUUUGUCACCUUAUUAUUACAAAAUUAUAUUGUAAAAGGUUACCUACGUUAUAAAUAUCAACAGCUCCCAACAUUAUAAUAAUUUGAUUGGAUAUACAUUCCACGUCUUUUAAUCUUUUGAUACAAUCAUUUAUCGUUUGUCCCGAUAUGCAUAAACCGCAACGGAGAGCCAUAUCUCCUAUAAAAAAUGACAUAUUCUUUAAAAUUAAUUUCUUCUAAUUGCAAUAUUCUUUGAUUUACGUUUUCUUUCAUAUAUCAUUAAUAAAUUGUUACGAAUAUAAGGGAUACUUUUGUAAAAGAUCAAGCAAAUGAGAAAGAAUUAAUUACCUAUGUAGCGCCAUACUGGUAGACCAAGAUUUCGUAUGACCAAUUGAAGAAAAAAAUCGUCUCCUAUAAGCUGAUGACGGAGGAGAAUAGGCUCGUAAAUAGUUUUCUAAAAAAACAAAAUAGUUCCUUGAUAAUAUUUCAUUUUCAUUUAUCAUAUAUAGGAGAGAGAGAGAGAGAGAGAGAGAGAGAGAGAGAGAGAGAGAGAGAGAGAGAGAGAGAGAGAGAGAGUAACCAUUGAUACGAACCUCUAUUUGUGAAUUACAUUUUUCAAUGACUACAAUAUUGUUGUGUUCACUAUCAUAUACUUCAUAGGACAAACAUUUGUUAUCUCUUGUACUCUCUGUAACAUAUAGGGAAUGCAUUUACAAAUUUCUUUUUUAGUGAUAUUCGAUUAAUAAUGCAAAAAUAUAUAUUACCGUAAUUAGAAGAAUUUAAAUUUAAAUUCUGAUUUUUUUUCCGCCGUUUGUAAUAUUUUAUAUUAUCACUGAACCAAACUUUGUUUCUAUCUUCAUAUUGUUCAUCUUUACUCGUAUUUGUAUCAUUAUGAUUAAUGUUAUUAUAGCAACUUGAAGGAUACGUUGUAAAUCGUUUGUAAUACUUUGACUAUAAAAAUACACGUAGAGCGAAUGUACAAUAAAUAUUAAAAGGGAUUAAAUAUCUAUUUUAUCGUGA